GCUCUUCAUUCUCUCGAGGCACUCCUACUUCGUCUCCUACCAUACUCUCGGAUACCUGCUGAGCUGCGCGAAGAUGUUCCGCACACAAAUUCGUCGAAUGGCCACAACCGCGCGCCAGUCGCUCAAAAUUGGUCUCAUUCCUGCAGAUGGUAUCGGCAAGGAGGUCAUCCCAGCCGCGAAGAGGGUCCUUGAGGCACUUGGAUCGGACAUUCCAAAGCCCGAGUUUGUUUCUUUGCUGGCGGGGUGGGAGGUCUUCACACGAGAAGGAUACGCGCUGCCGGAUGAGACGGUCGAGGCCUUGAAAGGGUGUGAUGGUGCACUGUUUGGCGCUGUCAGCUCGCCCUCUCGGAGAGUGACGGGAUAUUCUUCCCCUAUUGUCCAACUCCGAAAAGAGCUUGACCUCUAUGCUAACGUCCGCCCCGUUACAUCGGUCGCUGCCAACCCAGGCGACAAGCCAGAUGUGGACCUAGUGGUCGUCCGGGAGAACACUGAAUGCCUCUACGUGAAGCAGGAACAGCUAACUCUGACAGAAAGCGGACGCGAAGCUCGGGCAACUCGCCUCAUCACCGAACGCGCAUCCAGGAGGAUCGGCAAAAUGGCGUUCGAGAUCGCCCUCGGUCGUCCACGCCAGCAAGUGACGAUCAUCCACAAGUCGAACGUUUUGUCGGUCACCGAUGGCUUGUUCAGGGAGACUAUCCGCGCCGUCCCAAAGUUAUCUGAGGUGAACGGCAAGUACGACAGCGUAAAGGUCGAGGAGCAGAUUGUCGACAGCGCUGUCUACCGUCUCUUCCGGGAGCCAGAGAUAUACGAUGUCCUUGUUGCUCCCAACCUCUACGGUGACAUCCUGUCUGACGCCGCGGCUGCCCUUGUUGGUUCCCUCGGCCUCGUGCCUUCCGUCAAUGCAGGCGACAAUUUCGUCAUGGGCGAGCCCGUUCACGGUUCAGCGCCUGACAUCGAGGGCAAAGGCAUCGCGAACCCUCUGGCGGCGAUUCGGUCGGCAGCUCUCAUGCUCCGCUUCCAAGGCUACACCGCCGGCGCAGACAGAAUUGACCGUGCCGUCGACCAAGUCAUCCGAGAAGGCGAGGUGCUGACACCCGACUUGGGGGGAAAGAGCAAGACCCAGGAGGUGCUUGACGCGGUCCUCAAGAAGCUCUAAGCCAGCGGGGCGCACGCGGACGGCGUUUCGCAAAAGCACUCGUCACAGGCGCGGGCGGGACUGGUCCCGAAUACCUCAGAGCCCACGAGGAGAGCAUACGUAGGUGAUCAUCAAUUAGGAGUGCUUAGGGACUGCGCACGCUUCGCGACUACAUACAUAUCACGUUUUGCAUCCCCUGAUGCACGCAAAUCUUGACGUCCUGUCCGCAAUUGCGAGUCGCCACUCACGCCGCCC